UAGACACCCUGUUUGCAGCCGUUCCGCCGGGGCUUCUCUUGCCGUUUCCGAGGCGGAUUCACGAUCUCGACGCCCACUCUUCGUCUAUUCCGGCCCUUCGCCGAUGGGGAGUUGUCGGAAGUAGUUUCCCACGGGAUCGGAUUACCCACGAAGACGAUGGAUGCCCGCGGAUUGAGGCAGCAGGUUCUGGUUCAGGAGGGGAAAAGGAGGAUGGAGAUGGAGAAGCUCUCGCUGAUCGAUGUCUCCUCCGAGGAUGACAGCCUCAUCUCAUCCCCUUCCUCUGGUUUCGUCUUCUCUGUGCCUUUCGGUAGAUCAGACAAUUCGGAUGAAGCGAGUUGCUUUAGCCCUCUCAAUCCGAAGGAAAGCAAUACAGAGGCUAGUGGGCAAUCACCCAUAUGUUGGGCAUCCUCAGAAUCAACUAAAACACAGAAACUUAGCAGGUACAACUUGCGACAAAGUUUAGCUUGGGAUAGUGCGUUCUUCACAAAUGAAGGUGUCCUUAACUGUGAAGAGUUGUCUUUCGUGAACACGACAUUCAAGAGAUCUGAACUGCAUUUGGCUGAAAUUCAAGAAGAGGACCAAAGGCCAUCUGAGUCGAGUAUUGCUACAGAAAGUGAUAGCUGCGCACUUAAAAAUCUGGAAGUUGAUUUGUUUGAGCAAAUGCGGACUUCAAAGGAAACACAUGGAGAUGGAAUAACCCAAGAUUCUGAUGUGCCAUCUACGCUUAAUGUCAGAACUUCAUGCCCCAUCAAGGAAACAAACGUUUUUGAGCUUGAAACAAAGGUAGAGUUGGAUGCUAAUACCGAAGUGAAGAAAUUACCUAGCCUGAGAGCUCGUGCUGUUCCUAAACAGAAGGCAGAUAAAUGCUCCAAAGAGAUUGUCACUACUUGCUUGGCAAAGCCUGCCAAUAGCUGUGGAGAGGAAAAUAAAUCAGCUACCAAGUCUGCCAAGGUUUUGGCCAAGGGUAGUAACCCUCCAGCCUUAACUCCAUCAAAUAAGAAGAGUGUGGUUCCUUCUAAAACCCUCAAAAAGGAUGCCCAAAAGGUUUUUCCAGGAAAAGAGAUGAAGGUACCAACCCAUGUUUUUGGUUCAAGAGAUUCACACAGUGUCACUCCUGUGGCUAAACGUUCACCAAGGCCUUCAUUAGAGUCUCCAAGAUCUGGGAAGACUCUCCCAUCACGUUCUGCUUCAUCUCUUGAAGGAUCAACUAGCAUUUCAUCUAAUUCAAGUGUAGAUAUGCCACUUAAAGGUGCAAGAACUAAAAGUGAGUCAAAAAAUGCUGCGUUGUCUGCAUACAUUCGUUCUCAUGCCAAGCUUUCUCCAAGUGUGUCCCCCGUAAGUUCUAUCGAUUGUAUGUCAUCAGACUCAUCUUCAUCGACAUGUACAUAUGGGAUAUCACAAAAGUGGAAAGGUGUGGUGGGAGUUAGUGCCCCGUCCGCAAAUUCUACCAGUGGCACCAAAAUCCCUAAGCUAUCGGUUUCUCAGAAAUACCGUGGUGAUCUUGAUUCUCCUGGAAAUAUCUCUUUGUCAUCAGCCAAUGGUAGUUCUCCUUCUGCAAGUAGAAAACAUGCAAAUUUUUCAAGCAAUCAACGCAGUCAUUCUUUGGUUGGUUGUACCAAGCCUUCUGGCCUACGAAGACCCUCACCAAAGAUUGGAUUCUUUGAUGUGGCGAAUAGUCCACAGGGACAGAACAUGUCCAUGUUAUCUGGGUCAUUGGUUGCUCAUACUUCCUGCAAGAAUGUGGAUAAUAAAUCUGGAUUUAAAAGUAAUCUGCGUAGAUAUUCUCCUGGACUUGGUGGCUCUGAUAAAUGUACAAAAGCCAAAUUAAAUAAACCUCCAGAUGCAAGAACUGUAGUGCAGAGCGGAAAGCUGCAACCAAGUUGUGACAUAUCUGCAUCACCUCAUCUCUCUGCUCCAAACACAAGGUCCUUGGUGCCAAAAACACGGGCCAUGACAUGCACUAGACUUUUGGAGUCUAAGCCCUGCUCUUCAAAAAUUGAGGAGCCUUCAUCUAUUGCAAGCAGCAAAAGGAAUUCCCAGGUUAAUGCUUUAGAAGUUAUGGAAAAUUCAAUUAGCUUGGCAAAGCAUACUCAGGCUAGGGAUUUGGAAGCAAAAAAUCAGGGUGAUGUAACUGAUCUAAAGCAGUCUGCACUAUCUGAAGAAUCUCAACUUCAAGCAGCUGUUUCACUAGAUUUCGCAGCUAGAAAACACAGAGAAACAUUCGAUGGUGGGCCAAGUGAUGAUCAUAAUGAUGAAAAAGUAGCAUCAUCUUUCAUGCUGGCUAGUGAAGCCACACUCUUUAAUGUUGCUGAGCAACAUGAUUUAGUUUUAAACGAGUCUUUCUUUGAAGGUAACAGUCAAAUUUCUUUAGAGGAAGACCAUGCUGAGGAUCUAAAGGGACUCAUCAGUGACAUAAAACUUGAAAUUGGUCCAGAGAAGGUCCUCCUAGAACAAGGCUUGACAAAACUUUGUUUAGAGCCAUCUACUACUAAAGGCGAGCUUGAAUCUGGAAGAAGUCGAUUGGCCAGCAAACAUACUAUAUGUAAUGGAUGUUGUGAAGCCAAUCUACAAGCAGAGAGAGAAAUUGCUGCAGUUGAAUUUCUGGGUCAGGAGAACCUUUUUGUGCACAAUUCUGUGGAAGGCAGCAAUAUAACUUUUAACGAUUCAGGUGUUACAAAGGAAGCUCAUUGAAAAGCUUUUCUCCAUCUUUCAUCAAAAUUUCUCUCUAGUGAGGUCCCAUCCUGAACCCUGAGAGAAGGACUCAAGAUGAUUUGAGAUCCAAAUGGAAAAUUUGCAUUGGAUCCUUUCUAUGAUUGGGUUCACAUAUUGGAUUAAACAUAGGUGUGCAAAGGGAAAAAAAAAAUGCCGUCUUUGCUAAUCAUUUGCCAGUUGAUGUAUAGAUGAUGGGGACAUCAGAGAUGGUUUGAUCAAAUCUUGCCUUCGAUUUCAUCAGAUGCAUAGAGUCCAACUGGAAAUUUGUUCCAAGGAGGAGUAGAAACCUCUGGUGCUGAAUAGCCAUAUGAUAGAGCUUUUGGAAGACAAACCUGCCCUUUCAGUUUGCAUAUAGUGAUGCACAACUCUUGUAACUGCAGAAUAAAGUGUUUCAAUUUUCGUGUAUCGUGAGACUCGUUUAGUACUUCGCUUUUUUGCUGUAGCAUCUAAUCAUUUAAGUGGGAGUAGGUGCAAAUUACAGAUGUUGUCACAUCGAUAUGCAGAAAUCAUUUUGAAAUUUCAUAAAAAUGGUUGCAUAUCCAUACAUUCAGCUCUAUCCAUGUGACAUAGGAGGUUAUGGCAGUAUCAGGUUUUUAAUGGCAUUAACUUCAAAGGUCCUUUAUAUUGAACACAGCUGGGACCUGAUGUAGGCAAAAAAAUUAUUCUAGUGAUUACAAGCACAAGCACCAAACGUUCUGGAACUUAUUUUGGUAUGUUGUAAUAACUUUAUAGGAUCUUGUUUACAAUGUGAACUUUAUAAAGCUAAUUUUUCUCAGCAUCUUUAAA